UGUUUGAAACUGGCUUCUACUUAGAUUUAAAGCAAUCGGUUAGGCGCCGAGCAGAGAGACUACGGCUCAAGCCGGCGGUAACCGGGAGGGCAGCCGCCUCCCCUGGCUGGGGGGGCGAGAGGGGGGCUUGGGAGGGACGGAUCUGAAUUGCCUGUCUCUCAACCAUGGAUCACGACAACCCGGCCGAGGCGUUGACUGCGGUGCGAGAGAGGCGGCCGAGUUUGCUGGAGCUGUUGCAAGUGGCGACAGGCUCCGGGUUGGUUGCCUACACCGUGUGGGCGCUGCUUCUGCAGCCGGGCUUCCGCCGCGUGCCUCUAAAACUUCAGGUGCCCUACAUUGGUGCGAGUGCCCGACAGGUUGAGCACGUGCUGUCGCUGUUACGAGGCCGCCCUGGAAAAAUGGUGGAUCUAGGCUCUGGUGAUGGCAGGAUCGUGCUGGCGGCUCACCAAUGUGGUCUCCGUCCAGCUGUGGGUUAUGAGCUGAACCCGUGGCUUGUGGGACUUGCACGACUGCAUGCCUGGAGGGCUGGUUGUUCUGGGAGUGUCUGCUACCAUCGGAAGGAUCUCUGGAAGGUGAGCCUCAGAGACUGUCACAAUGUGUCUGUGUUCCUGGCCCCCAGUGUGCUCCCACUGCUGGAGGAUAAGCUGCAAAAAGAGCUACCUGCAGGGGCCCGUGUGGUAUCUGGACGUUUCCCCCUUCCCACCUGGCAGCCUGUAGCUGUGGUGGGUGAGGGCGUGGACAGAGUCUGGGCCUAUGAUGUCCAUGGUGCUGGGCCAGCUGUGUCUUCUUGUGGGGUGCCCAUCAAGGCCAUACCAGAGUCCAGUUCUACCUCCCUUCCUAGGACUUUAGUUUGACAGGCUGGUUGACUGGAUACAAUAAAGACUCUGUGGGUUCAA